ACGAACGGUAAAUAAUAACAAGUGGGUAGUAGUUAAUAUAAAGUUGAUAUAAAGUAUCAAAAGGCUUCUAUAGUGGCGGCUGACAGGACACAAGUAAGAUUGGUCUAGAACCGCCAUUGGUCAGCAGCGAUGAGUGACCAGACAUCGGUCCAUGUGCCUUCAUCACCGUGCCAGGGCCCUGGUCACCAGACCGCCCUGCACCGGGCCGCCAUGGUGGGGAACAGUGAUGCCAUGGCUGCUCUCAUUCGGGGAGGCUGUGCUGUGGACCUGCAGGACAGAGACGGCAACACUGCGCUGCAUGAGGUGUCUUGGCAUGGUUUCUCUCACUGUGUCAAACUGCUGGUCAAGUCAGGAGCUGAUGUUCACAUCAGAAACAAGGCUGGAAACACAGCUCUACACCUGGCCUGUCAGAAUGCUCAUGCUCAGACUGCUCGGCUUCUGCUGCUCGGAGGAUCCACACCAGACACCAAGAACAAUAUAGGUGACACCUGUUUGCAUGUGGCUGCUCGCUACAACAACCUGACCCUGGUCAAAACCCUGCUAUGCUCCCUGUGCUCUGUGACAGAGAGUAACCAGUCAGGGGACACAGCUCUCCAUGUGGCUGCUGCUCUGAACCAUAAGAAGACAGUUCAGCUCUUACUGGAAGCUGGGACCGAUGGCAAAAUCAGAAACAAUGCAGGUAAAACAGCCCUUGACAGGGCCAGAGAUAACAACCACAAAGAAGUGGCACAUCUCCUGGCCAGAGCUCCUCAGGUGCAUCGCUUCAUGCGUGGAAGAACAAUAAGGAAACAAAGAGAAAGACUGACAGCUGAGCGCAGGAGCCAGUCUGUCACUAGACUAGACAUCCUACCAAACAAGGGCAGCAGUUCUGUGGUGGAGGAAACUCCCAGCAGUGAACAACUAGAGAGCAGAACUGCCUUCAAGAUGAAUCCUCUGAAGCAGCAGCAGCUUCACCACAGCUCCCCAGCAGCCACCAGCAGCCCCAGCAGCCUCACCAGGAGGAUGAGAGCCAAGGAGCAGGUUUUAAAUGAAAAUGAUCUGAGGAAAGGUGAGAGUGACUUCCAUGUGAAGAAGAAUCUACUCUGGGAUGAUGGUAAAGAUUCUGUUCAGAAUGGAAAAACCUAUCAGCUUUACACACUGUACCGAGAUAAGGACGGCAACAUAAGACAGGCAGCAGCCAAUGGAUGUCACUGUAAGCCUCUGAUCAAGAAGCUGGAGAGCCAGCUGAAAGCCACACAGGAGGAGAUGAGGUUACACAUCCUGAACGUCCAGGAGCAGGUCACCAGUCAGCUGGGCAAGAUGGAGCAGAGGAACAGACACCAGAUUAAAGUGUCGGACAUGCUGAACCAGCAACGAGCAGCAGCAGAGAGGAAGAGGAUGGUUAACCAGAUGAAGCAGAGAGCUGCCCAGGGAAGAGAGGAGGCUCUGAUGGCACAGACAGCAGUGACUCAUGAACUCAAGAGGUGGUGUAUGUCCCAGCUGAAGGACAUGGACAUCCACAUCCCAGCAAAAACCCAGUACUACCAGCUCCUGCCCUCACAGUCUGUGGAGCAAUCCGUAGUAGACACUGACCUGGAAUCACUCCCCCUGCUGUCUGUGGCGUCUGGAGACAGCAGCACGUCACUGGCUACCUACGUCAACAUCCUGCCAUCUACAUCUACCUACAGUCUGGGAGGCCCAGAGCAGCAGCAGAUGGGGAGCAGGACAUACUUUGAAAUGAAAGUUGACAGGUCACCAGAUGACUAUGAGAACACAACCCUGUUUCCUCUGCCUGCCAAGCACACCUCAGGCCUGGGCCCUGUUGACCCCCCUCUGGCAGCUUCCAGCCUGCAGACCAGUCCCAUAACUGCAGUGGUGCCCCUGUAUGAGGAGGGCUUCUCAAGCAGCAGCAGCCAGACCAGCAUCAGCACCCAGGGACCCAGACUGACCCAACAGGAACACAACUGUAGCACACAAGACAGAAAACACUUUGGGGAACUGAUGAGUGCACACAGAUACACAGGGAUCCACAGCGAGGGCACCAGGACACUGGAGUUCUUUAUUGAGCGUCCCACUGAGCCCACGUUCAGCCAGGAGAGGAACAAUCAGCACGCUAUAGAGGUGACUCAGCGUUUCUUUGAGACGGUGUCGACUCAGCUGGAGCGCUGGUACGAGAGGAAGAUUGUGGAGGUGGAGCAGCAGACGGAGCUCAGAGCCCAGCGGGACAGGACGGAGCUGCUGCAGCAAAUAAGCUCGCUGGAAGAGGAGCUGCAGAGGCUGAAGACCAACGAGAAUGCAGAAAGCUGAUGCACCCAGAGAAUGGAUGGACUUCUGCACUUUGAGUGAACAUUUAAAAACUCUGCUUGAGCUACAGCAGGCAGCAAAAUGGGAAAAUGAGACAAAAAGUCAUAACUGACUAAACACCAACCCGAUAAACAAACAAGUACAUACAUAGAUGCUGUAAGUCACACUGUAGAUCCAACAAAAGUAUGGCUUACAUAUUAUAAAGCACAUUUAUUUCCUUGAAUUGUGUUCCUCAGCCACCCGGCCCUCUUUUUCACAGUUGUCCUAUUGUUUGUCGUGGUUCUUCCCACCAAGGUUUUUAUAGUUAACGAAAACUAAAAUUGAAAAAACAUUUUCAUUAACUGAAAUAAAAAUAAAAACGAGUUUUUAUUUAAAAAAAAAAAAACGAUAAGUAACUGAAACUGUAUUGUGUGGUUACAAAACUAACUAAAAUUAUAGUGAAAAUGUCCUUCGUUUACGUCUUUGUAAACUUUUUUCAAACAUAAUCCAGUGUUUCUAUUAGGAAGAGGAUUCUGUUAGUGAACAUGCAGGAACACAUGGUAAAUUUGUUUACUGAGACUGGGAUGUCUACACUCAAAAAAACACCCAAACCCAAAAAACACCUGGAACUGUAAGAGUUAAUAACCUUAUUGGGCUGCGAUGGAUAAACCAAUGGAAAUAAAGGCAAAAAGAUUAUUAUGACCUCUUUGAAUCUGGCACCCAACACAUAGCCCAUUACAAAAAAAUUAAUAAAAACUAAACUAAAACUAAGCAUUUUCAAAAAAAAAAAAAAAUAGAAACUAAUUAAAAUUAACUGAAUUUGAAAAUAAAAAUUCACAACAAAAUUAAAACUAAUGAAAAAUCCAACCUUGUUUCCCACCCAGUGAGCUUAACCUCUGUUAACCCCACUGCAGGGAUUAGGGUUAAAUAUUUCAAUAGUUUCCUGCUGACACACUGUUGUUCUGGUAUUAUACUUACCUUUUUUUCAGCCAGCACCCUACAUGUCAGGGUGGAAUGAAAAUGAGCAUUGGAUGCAACAGCUGAUCUUUUUAUCAUGUGUACAGGAUCACUGUGAACAUGGCAAGCAAAACAGGAAUGAUGUUGUUGGAGCUGAUGGUGGAACAGAGACAAAAGUUCUCAGUCAGUUUCUUUUGUAAGGAUGACACAGCCAGACAUAUACAUUAAUUUUAAUAUAUGUUCACACACACUGCAAAAAAAGAAAAGUUGGGUGAACUCAAAAUUUCAAGGCAACAAACUUCGAUAAAAUUUUAAGUUGGACAAUUAAACUAAAUAUUUUAAGUUUUUUUUUUAGUUUGCUCAACUCUGAAUUCAGAUUUUUGUCAACUCAACUGUAAAUUGUACUAAUUUAUAAUUUUACAUUUUAAUAACUUUUAAUCCUUAC